UUCUUUUUUUCUCCCAAUUUUCUUCAAAAUUACUCACGAAAAUGGGGGUUGUCAGUCUCAUUUGGAGUCUUCCUGCAAACAUUCUACACUCCGCGGCUUCCUCUCUAACGUCGCCAUGGAUUCCCCACGAAGAAGGAGGAAGAGGAGGAGCCACUGCCAAAAAAUCCCAACGCCGCCGCCCGCUGCACACGUGCGGCGCCUCGUGCGUCUCCAUCGCGCGCAGAGCCGCCGCGAAGGCGCAGGAUCUCGACGCGCCGCUCGGAUCCAUGGCGAAGAGGUCGAUCUCGACCUUCCACGCCUUCUGCCCCUCCUUCGUCCACGACACCGCGAUCCGAUGCUCCGGCCUCGUAAUCGCCAUCGACGACCAGAUCCUCUCGAUCGAGGGCAAAAUCGAGGCGAAUUUCCCCCAAUCCGCGCCGCUCUUCGACGGAAUCGACGGCAUCGUCCGCCGCGCGGAGGCUCUGCCGGAGCAAAUCGACGACGCGGUGAGGAAAUUCCCGAUCCGCUUCCCGCUCCUCGAUUGGGCGAUCACGCUCCUCAUCUCAUGCAUCACUUUCCUCCUCUCGAUCCUCAUCCGCCUCGGAUCUAGAUCCGCGAGGGAGAAGGAGAUCCCCGUCGACCUCAACUGCAAAUCGCACGACAAAUCUAAGGAGCAGACGAAAUCGGUGCAGUUCGAGAAGCCGUACUCCUAUGCCGACGCGGCGAGGAACCACCACGCGCCGCCGCCGAAAUCGGUGCAAUUCGAGGAGGUAAACGGCGGCGAGGUGGUGCGUUUGUCGGUGAAGAGGCUGCAUUCGUGGAAGAGCAGGAUAAAGGCGCUGGAGGAGCCGCUGAACGCAGGGGAUUCGCCGAUGUACUCAUCCUACCAGUCGGCGAACACUUCUCCGGUCUCCGAUUGCUCGUCGCAAGACGAGAAUCACCCGUUCAACCAGACGCUGGGAUGCAGCAGCUACAAGGAGGUGCUCGAGAAGGAGAAGAAGGAAGACGAGACGCAAGACGAGCCGAGCACGUAUAAAGAGGCGCUUGAGAAGGUGAAGAAGGAAGACGAGACGCAGGAGGAGCCGAGCACAUAUAAGGAAGCGCUCGAAAAGGAGAAGAAGGAAGACGAGACGGAAGAGGAGGACGAGGAAGAAGAACAUGUACAUUUGAAGGAUAUCGCAGAAGAAAUCAUCCGAACUGAUUGAAGAAGUAAGCAAUUGUUUGUGCCAUACUGAUUUUUUGCAUGUAGAUCAUAUAUAUAUGUACUCAUAACUUAGUUUUUUUUUUUCUUUCUUGUUUUAAUAUAAUAGUAUAUGGCUGCCAUUAUUGGCCCAUUUGUAUCAUUUUGUGUCAAAUUAAUUAUGUGUUGGGAUACUUUUAUUAGGGCUACAAU